UUUUUUUUUUUUCCCCUUUUCCUCCUACAUCACAGGGAGCCAGCCGAGAAGAGAAACCGAAAGGAGGGCACCACCGAGGGAACAAACGGAGCAGUGCCGGAGGGUUUCCCCGGGGAGAGGAGAAGCCAUGUACAAGAAAAAGCUGAGAGGCAUGUAUAUAUCUAAGAAGGCAUUAAAGCAUCAUUUUGACCCCCGUAAGUCUCCACGGGACACAUACCUACUAUGCAAACUGCAGUGGGGUGAGACUGGCAGGCCUUGGAUACACUGGGUCAGAAAGGACCAUUGCCAUGCUGAAGUCUACUUCUUGGAGAAGAUCUUAAAGAUCAAAAGAUCCAAUAAUUACGUCAACUGUUCCAUUACCUGGUACUUGUCUUGGAGCCCUUGUGCAGAGUGCUGCCUUAAAAUACAGAAUUUCUUAGAGAGGCACUCAAAUGUGAACAUAGAUAUAUAUGUAGCACGUCUUUAUUACAUAGAAGAUGAAGAAAACCGUCAAGGUCUGAAGAACCUUGUGAGCUUGGAGGGAGUAACCAUUGCUGUCAUGAAAAUUGAAGACUAUACUCGCUGUUGGAAAACCUUUAUCCAAGGAGGUGAUGAUUAUGAUGAUGAUUCCUGGACUAUGGGCUUUCAAUCAAAGAUAACUGAGAAUCAUCGGAAGCUCGAGGAUGUCUUUGAGGACCUUCCCUUCGUAGAAUCAUAGAAUUAUAAAAUAUCUCAAGUUGGAAGGGACCCAUAAAGAUCACUGAGUCCAACUCCGUGCUCCUCACAGGACGACCUGAAACUAAACUAUAUAACUAAAAGUGUUAUCCAGAUGCUCCUUGAACUCUGACAGGCUUGGUGCUGUGACCACUUCACUGGGGACCCUGUUCAGUGACCG